CUCCCAACCUACAGGGGGCAGUGACGUCUAAACGUCCGCACCCGGAAAUACAUUCAGCGUGUGGUUUAAAUCUACACUGAGGAUAACUAGCUCCAAACAGUCAUAUCAUCUUUGAAUUGUCUUUAUCUACGUUUCUUUUGACCAAGAUGUCUUCGAAAAGCCGGGAUAACGACGAUAACUAUGAAAAACAGUCUGGACUUAAGGAGGAACUGAACAGUAAGAUCAAGGAGCAGAAAAUUGUAGUGGACGAGCUCUCCAAUCUGAAGAAAGGCCGGAAAGUUUACAUUCAGCAGAGGAACAGUAACAUAUUCUUCCUGGCAGACAGAGGCCAGACACUGGGUUCAUGCAAAAAGGAACUGGAUAAUAUGAAAAAGGAACUCCAGGAUAUGUAAGACUAACCUUCACCACAACGAUGUGCGGCAUCUUUUGUCUGCUGAGUCUGUCCCCUACUCACUUCGAGUGGGACAAAACAAUUUAUGAACAUCUGAAAAGAAGAGGUCCCAACUUGAGCCAAGAUCUGACAGUUACAGGCAAAAAUCCCUGCUACCACUGUUUCUUCUCUGCCCACGUUCUUCACAUGAGAGGUCUCCUUACACCUCAGCCCGUUCGAGACAGCACUGGAAAUGUUCUGCUGUGGAAUGGGGAGAUUUUUGGAGGGCUGCCUGUGAUGCCAGAGGAGAACGACACUGCUGUUGUCUCUCAGCGGCUGUCGUCCUGCAACAGCCCUGCAGAGAUUCUGUCUGUCCUGUCCAGUAUACGGGGACCCUGGGGGUUUGUUUACUAUCAGAAGGCCGGACACUUCCUCUGGUUUGGCAGAGACUUCUUUGGUAGGCGGAGUUUGCUUUGGAAAUUUGAUGCAGAUGCAGAGCUUUUGACCCUGACUUCUGUGGCAGCUCAAACUUCUGAGGCUGAUCAAUCUGCUUGGCAAGAGGUCCCAGCAAUUGGUGUGUACAGGAUUGACCUGAAGGCAGCUAAAGAAGCUGGCAGUGUGACAUUUGAGGUGUAUCCUUGGACUAAUGCAGGAAAUGAUGUUCUCUUCACUUGCAGUGAAACUAUAAGGGAUUCUGUUCCUAACAGCUGCACUGCUGUGAUGAGCCAAUCAGGACUCACACUCACCUCACCUGUGUGUCCUCUUAAUAUGUCCAUUCCACAGUCAUUAAAUGAGACUGAUAUUCAUCCAAACUUAAAUUCAUCUGUCUCGGUUCUGGAGCAGCUGCUCACGAGCAGAGAGAGAAACGAUGAGGUGAACUGUCUUAUUGAUGCCCUGAGCGAGGCAGUAAAGCGACGUGUUCAGUCUCUGCCUUUUGAGGUGCUAAACGAUUCACCUCCUGACAGUGAACAUGCUAGUGUUGCCAUUCUUUUCUCAGGAGGUGUCGAUUCAAUGAUUCUGGCAGUCUUGGCCGACCAUCACGUACCUGCUAUUCAACCAAUAGACCUUCUUAAUGUUGCCUUUAGACUACAGGAGCCAAAGAAGCAGAAAGAGUCUGCAAAGAAGCCCAAAAAGCACAGAAAUACGUGCACAGAUUCCAAGACUGAUGGAGCUGGUCAAACAUCCAGCCCCUUUGAUGUUCCAGACAGAGUGACCGGAAAAGCAGGUGUCAAGGAAUUACAAGACUUGAAUCCUGAGAGAACAUGGAAUUUUGUUGAAAUCAAUGUAACACAGGAGGAGCUGCAGAAAAUGCGCCAUGAGCGCAUUUGUCAUCUGGUGCAUCCACUGGAUACAGUGCUUGAUGACAGCAUUGGAUGCGCUGUGUGGUUUGCAGCAAGAGGGGCAGGGUUCAUCACAGUGACCACGGACGGUGACCAGAGGCCCUUUACAUCAUCUGCAAAGGUAAUUCUGACAGGAAUAGGAGCAGAUGAGCAGCUAGCAGGUUACUCCAGGCACAGAGCCAGAUUUAAGACGUCUGGCCAAGGAGGACUGAUCCAGGAACUAGCCAUGGAGCUGGGCAGGAUCUCCUCCAGGAAUCUGGGCAGAGACGACAGAGUGAUAGGGGACCAUGGGAAGGAAGCCAGAUUUCCCUACUUGGAUGAGGAUGUGGUGAGCUACCUGAACUCUCUGCCCGUAUGGAAGAAGGCAGAUCUGUCACUUCCUCGAGGUGUCGGGGAGAAGCUCCUCCUGAGACUAACAGCGAAACGGCUGGGACUCGGCCAAUCAGCUGUCCUGCCCAAGAGAGCCAUGCAGUUUGGCUCCCGCAUCGCAAAAAUGGAGGACAGUCAUGAAAAAGCCUCUGACAAAUGCACAAGGCUCCUCACUGGGUAGACUAAUAACUGGUUGGAAUGAACUGUACACAAAAGCAUUUCAAUAGAAAA